AUGUUCCCGGCUAAAGGCCUGAGCAGAUCAUCCUGCAGUGAGGGCCAGGAGGCCUUGCUGGUGGCCCACUCUGUGGGGGUCCCCCAGGCUGGUGGGAGAAAACAGUCACCCCAGGGCCCGUCAGGGGUGAGCAGUGGACAGGAGGCAGCGGAGAAGCAGCCGUGCCCGGGGCGGGUGGAAGCUACACUCACCCAGCUCUGGGGCUCCAGCUGUGCCCCAGGCUCCAGCUCCCCUACCCACCCCCCUUGGCGUCCGGCCCUUGGGGAAGCUGAGAGAAAGUCUCGCCUGUUCUGGAUGCCCCAGGCAGGAUCGGCCACAGUGAUCUCCUUCAUGUGUCACCGCUGGCUCCAGAACUCGCACACGGUGAGGAUGUCCAGACCAUUAUUCCUUGAUUGGCCCUAGAAACCCCUCUGCAGCCCCUCCCAAUCUCUCCCACUGACCCAUGGACCAGAAGACUGGAUUUUGCAAUGGAAGGGAAAUUGCAGGCAGCAGACAGCUCUGCACUGUCCCUUUGGCUUUCCUCAGGCACCUCUGAGAGGGAGACAGCCUCUCAGCCAAGUACCCAACAAGGGACAUGAGAAGGCUUCUGCUGUGCAACUGCCAGAGAAACAGGGGACAGAUCAAAGCAGGAGAGGACCAACAUCUGCGGUAACCAAAGCAAGGACAAGUUACCCCGAGUCAGAAAUCUUCAUUGUGUAUCUGUGCAGUUACUUUUGGAACUCAAGUGAAGGACUUUACAUGUCAAGUAAAGAUGUCUUGGUUCCACCUGAAUUCCUUCCAUGUUUUUCAGCGACUGAACCGUUUGGGUGGCCUGGAAGAGCCUGUGAGCUCCCUAGAGAAAGGAGACAGUGUGGAUGGAGAAGAAUCUGGAGUAGAGACAAGUCUGGGGACCCUGCCUUUCAAGUCUUUUGUGUGAGGGCUGCGUUGGUGGCCCAACUAGCCAGGGAAAGGCUAUGGUAUGCGGGGUCAGGCGGGAGUAGGCAGGAAAUGUUUGUGAUAAGAGGCUUUGCCUCUUGCAAGCUCCUCUGGUUUCCAGACCCAGCUGCAGGAUAAGGGCCCAGGAGCUGAGCAGGAAGCCUCAGAGGAGGCUGCUGCAGGAGCCAGCCCUUGGGAUUUCAGCAGGCAGAGUUGCAAUCAGAGGCCCCUGGGGGCUCUGAAGACCAUGCCUGGGGAUAGAAACGACCCUGGGAACCCAGCCAGGGCUGCCUUCCUUUGGGAUCAGGAAUUUCAAUCAUACUUCAGAGGGCCAAAUCAAUCCCUUAAGAAAAGUAAAACAAAACAAACCCCA